AUACGGUUUAAUUUAGUUAAUUUAUUUCACAUGCCCAAUUUCUGCGUGCCUGCGUAUCAAGCAUUGUACGCUGCCAGAGUAUAAAUAACUACCCUAGAAUUUUUACCCUUUUUCAAUUCUUCUAUUUUCCACCCUCGUUUCCCGCCUCUUCCUCUGUUUUUGCAAAUUCUCUCUCUCCUUCAUUCUCUGCUCCUUGCAUUUCCCAUAAAAAUCACAUCUCAAAGCCAUUUUUCGAAGCUCUUUUUACAGAUAUCAGCUUAAAUCGAAGCAGUGGAGCUCGAAGAUCUGAUCUGAUGAUCAAACGGGUAGUGCUUCUCGUUGCUUCGAUUUGAAAUUAAUUUCUCAGUGAUCGUACCAAUGGAGGUUGAUGAACCGAGAACUGUACUGCGUGAUCGAGCAAGCGGUUGUCACAGUUUGAGCAGUAACCAUUAUCCCAGUGGCCAGCUUCGGAAGAUCUCUAUAGGAAUUGAAGCUUCUCCGAAAAUAAGACCUCGAUCUAGAAAGGAAGAUGAAUGUGUGUUGCCUGCUAAGGAGAAAAGGGUUUCUUCUUCUCAAGGGAAAUCUUCAGGAAAAUGUGACGUAGGAUUAAAAGCCGCUUUAAAUGGGAAACAAGCAGAAGUUCCAGAUGAGGAGACAGCUGCAUGGGCCUCCACUCGAUCUUUUCAUCAAGAAACAGCAACAGAAAAGAAAGGUCAGUUUUAUGCAAACCGGUCAAGUUUGGAAUCUGGUGAAGGCAUGCAGAAGAAAUUUGAUUGCAUUGGGAGGAAGCGAAAGAAGGGUGGGGAUGCAGAGAAGGUGGAAGAAUUCGCAUUCACAACGAUGCUGGAAACGCAUACAUCGGAUAAGGAAGAAUGUGGAGAAAAACUGGAGAAAUCUGCAAAGGGUGGGACUGAAGCUUUGAGGGUGAAACUUUGGGAAAUUCUAGGAGCUGCUCCUUCACAGAACGACCCAAAUUCAAAUUUACAGGCCCAAAAAACAGAAACGAAGAAUUUGAAGUCGCAGAGUAAUGGGGAACGAACUAGUGAAGGUGCUAGGCCUAAUCAGAAUUCGGAUCCCAUUGAAACUGAUUCAGAAAGUCACAAUCAAACAAUAAGGAGACCAGUUACCCGUUCCCUAACUCGAAAAAAAGCUCCAACUAAACCUCAGCCAAAGUUGCAGCAUGUGGUUAAUAAUGAUGGCAAUUUUCUGCUUUCCUCAAGAUCUCGUUUUAAACAGAAACAUCAAGUGAAGAAUAUCUUUGCUUUCGAUGAAGCAGAAGCACGAGCAGGAAGCUUUUCAUGGCCUCUCAAUGGAAAUUCCUCUCUGUCUAAGAGGAAGGAGAGUAAGAAAAAGAUUACUAAAGCUGAAGAAGAUAGGGUUUGCUUUCCCAGAAAGGCUGUUUCGGACAGUUUGAAAAUGAACGAAAGGGAAAAAAUGCCAUCACCAACAACCAAGAAAACUGCACCAAAGAGUAAGAAAAUGGAAGGCUUUGGCAACUCAACAUCUCAGAAGAAAAAAGAUCCCUUGAAACCAAAGAAUUUGUGCUUAGAUGAAGAAUAUCACUUAGAUGAAGAGUAUCACCAUUUACCGUGGAGAAAGAAAACAGAUCCACAAGAAGAUCUUAAUAGUCCGUCACCAAAGAAUGCGGAUCAGCAGAAAAGUUUUAGCAGUUCACCGGUACAAAAGAAUACAAAUUCACCCAGAUAUGUCGACAGUCCAUCACCAAAGAAUGCACAACUGCAAGAAAAUUUUGGCAGUCCACUACCCGCAGACACAGACACACAAGUUGAUUUCCAGAGUCCAACAUUUGCAACGGAUACACCCAUCCAAAAUGAUUUUUCUAGCCCUCCAUUACCAAAAAGUACACCUGUAGAAGAAGCAUUUAAUGGUCCAACCCCGACUCAGAGAGAAUUCAUGGCUGAAGGGUUCUAUAGCAUUAGAACUAUGAAAACUUCAAGACUUUGUUCUUCUGGAUCAGACACGCAUACGGAAUCCUCUGAUGAUACCAGAGAGUCAAAAAAGCCACCCACUGAGGAAUUAUCACCUGAUACAAAAGAGAGAGAUGCAGCAAAGAGGCUGUCACUGUCUUCGAUAGAAGAACAGGAUAGCGAGGACUUGGAAGAGGAGAAACUCAUUUAUAAAGGUUUCAGAACAAGAGAGAAAUGGCCUUCAGGAACUCAUAGCCCUGAGGAACCAUCAUUCACGCUUCAUCGCAUCAAAAGGCUCCACAGUCAAGAUGACAUAAAUCGGAGUGAUCUUCACCCCAUGUCACCCUCCCCCAAAGGAACUGAAGAAAGUAAUGGGUGCCAAGGAACUUCAGAACAAGAUCAAGAAGAUGGUCUGGCUAGGGCCAUUGCUCAGUUUGCUUUGGUUUUAGAAAGAUUCAAAAACAAGAUGAAGUCACAGACGGGCAAGAAAAGCUCUGAGGUACUGGCAUCUGUUGCUGACAGAAUACAUUUGCAGCUGCAGAGCAUUGAGUCUCAGAUCCAGACGGAUGUAGGAAAGUUCACAAGCCUCGGCAAAUCUAAGAGAAAACGCUUAGAAUCAAGAUUCCAAGAGGAACAAGAAAGGCUGAAACUCAUCCAUGAUAAGUUCAAGGAAGAGGUGAAUCAGCAUCUUCAACACUGCAGGAGCGCAAUUGAAGAGCUGGAAGCAUACCAGAGAGAAUUAAAAGGAAAUGCAGAGAGGCAGAAGGCAUCACACAGGAAGCUUCUCUUACAAGCAGAAGAGGCGAUCCGGAUUCAACUAAGUGAUGCUGAGAGGAGCAUCGCUGCUAUCCACAAGGCGUCAAGGCAAAAGAUGCAGGGAUUGAAACAUGUUCUGAUGGAGUGCUUGAGCGAAUGCGCCUAUUAGCUGAUGAUUCCGUUCACUGUAGUGGAAGUAUAAUAGCAACAGGAUUCUUUUCACUCGAAGAAGCUUACAAGGCUUGGAAGAGUGCAGAAUUUCAUAGGUUAUCCCCAACUUGUAAACUAGCCUUUGCAUUUGUAGGUACCAGUACUGCACUGCGGUCCCACUCUCUACACGAGGUGCUGCUGUGCUAGAACUACUAUUUUGAUGAUUUGGCUCAAGUACACUAAGAUAUGGUAUCUACCACCAUCAACAAGAGAUGGCCCACUUGCUGGUGGCAAGACCGUCAGCUGGGGUGGGUUGGAUUCGAUUACCGGUCGUUUGGUCAGGAGGCAUUGAGGUUUUUGCCUGUCCAUCAAAACAAAGAAAAAGGAAAGAAAAGAAUAAGUGGUACUAAGAUUACCCGUGACUUGAAUUUAGAUCCCCAUGAGGAAAAUGAUUCAUCAUGCAGAAUAUGGACACAAGCAUGCAACAGACAGGUGUACCGUUGACAAUAAACAACAUGUCGGUGCACGCUUUCAUCCCAAGUGCCGCUUGAUCUAGAGCCAUCUAUGUGGCAGGGCAUGUUGCAAUCUUGAUGAUUAGUCUUAUACAUUGGUCACGUGUAGGGAGAGACUUUAGGGCCUGUUUGGAACGUGGGAUUAAAUGGUAUGGAAUUGCAUCAGAUGGUAUUAACACCAUCAUUGCAUUGCAAUUGCAUGAUGAAAAUAUUGUUAUUUUAACCUUACACUCUCAUGUUUGGGAUUAAAUUCUUCCUUAA